AUGUCUUCAUCAUUUUCUUCUUAUCGAAAUCGAAAUUCUAGUCGAUCGAAUACUAUCGAUGAUGAUGGUUCAAAAGAUCUUAAAAGUAAUAUACGUGAAAGUCGUUGGAUUCAACCUGAACAAUGGCAAUCACCUGAAGUUGAAGAAAAAUUUCAGAGAGGUACCAUUGAUUUUUCUGAAGUACUUGGUAUGCUUCAACAACUUGGUGUUAAAGUUCAAAAAUUUGAAUUAGAUAAAAUUCUUGCAAACCAUGAUAAAAAUAAAGAUGGUAAAUUAACUAAAGAUGAAUUUGAAGAUGUAAGAAAAUUUUAAUUUUCAUAGAUAUUU